UUGUUUCAGGAUACAUUGUUGCAUUUUUGCUUGAAGAAUGGUCUUGAAUAUGCAGCUAGAUUUUUUAUACGGCAUAAAGCGGAUGUGAACGCUAAAGACAAGAAUGGGUGGACACCAGUGUACCUAGCAGCUUUGUCUGGCUGCAAAGAAAUUGCGGUGAAGAUGAUAGAAUAUGGAGGCGACGUUAACAGUGUGAAUGAGAAGGGGGCGACUUUGUUGCACGUUUCUCUGAGGAACGGCCACGAUAGCGUUGCGAGGUUUCUGUUAGCAAAUGGUGCUGAUCUCGAAGCCAAAGAUGAGAACGGGUUGACACCACUCUAUGUAGCUGCUCUUCAUGGAAAAUACCAAAUUGGAAAGGAUAUAAUUGAAAAGGGAGGUGAUGUGAAUAGCAGAAACGAGAAGGGGGAAACGUUGCUUCAUACUUCUCUGAAGAAUGGUCACGAUGCUGUGGCGAAAUUCUUGAUGGAAAACAGAGCGGAUGUCGACGCGAAAGAAGAGAGCUCGUUUAUUCGGCUGUAUAUCGCAGUUUUGAAAGGACAGGAAGAAGUCAAAAAGUACUUACGCGUAAAUGGAGGUAACGUGGAUGUGAGGAAGGAUGAUGAGGAAUCUUUGUUACACGUUUCAUCAAGGAACGGAAACGACACUGUUACAACUCUGCUAGUAGAAAAUGGAGCAGACGUCAAUGCCAGAGAGGAAAACGGGUUUACACCGUUCUAUAUCGCAGCUCUGUAUGGGCACAAUGAAAUUGGAAAAAAAUUGGUCGAAGAAGGGGGUAACGUGAACGUGAGAAAUAGCAACAGGGAGACGUUGCUGCAUCUAUCAGCAAAGAAUGGACACUAUGAUGUCGCAGCAUUUUUAAUAGAGAAUGAGGCGGAUGUUAACGCCAAAGAUAAGAACGGGUUUACACCAUUAUACAUUGCAGUUCAAAAGGGGCAUAAGGAGAUUGCAGAGUAUUUAAUUAAGAAAGGGGGUUGCGUGAAUACGGCAAACGAUAAUGGGGAGACGUUGCUACACUUGUCUUCAAAGACUGGCUACAACGCUGUUACGAAGUUCUUGGUAGAACGUGGGGCGAAUAUCAACGCCAAAGAUAAAAAUGGGUGGAUGGCAUUGCAUUUUGCGUCAAGGUAUGGACAGGUCGAGACUGUAAAGUUUUUGUUGGAUGAAAAAGCUGAGUUGAAUGCCAAGCUGGACGGCGGGGUAAAGUUUCCUUAA